AUGUUCAGAGGAACUGUACGUAAAGUGAUACCUUUAGUAGCUUUCGGUAUAGGAUUUGCAUCAUUUCCAAAAAUUUGGAGGAAAGAUCACUUAGAAAAUCGUAAAAUAUCAAAUAUCAAUAAGUCAGUUAUAGAACAAAUAGAAUCAACCCAAGAAUACCAAUCUUUAUUAAAUAAUCCCGAAUUAAGACAAUAUACUUCAAGUAAAGCCUUUCCACAACAACAUCAUAAUAAUUAUGUUAAUACGGGAUUAUUGUUUGGACCUGAUUUAAUGGAGAUAGACCCCAUUGUAUUUAUAAAUGAGAAAAAGGGGGAAUUAACAAGUUUUUAUCAUUUAGGUGAUAAGUUGAUAAGUCAAGAUGGUCAAAUACAUAAUGGAAUCAUCUCAACUAUAUUGGACGAAGGAUUAUGUUCAGCUGGAUUUCCAUUGCUACCAUCACGAAAGGGAGUAACUGCAAAAUUAUCAAUCGAUUUUAAGAAUCAAGCCCCACCACAAAGUACAGUGGUAUUACAUGCUAAAGUUCAAGAAGCAAAAGGUAGAAAAGUAGUAAUAGGGGGAUAUCUAGAAACCUUACCAUUUGACCUGAAAGAAAAACCUUUAUUGAUUGCUGAAUCAAAGUGCAUAUUAGUGGAACCAAAAUGGUUCAAAUACUUCUGGUGGUUGCAAGUAUAG